GACGUAUGCAAUCAAUACAUUACUACGCUCUCUGUACAACCACCAGCGCGUGUAGGCCACGGGUGGAUAAGCUGGCUUAACAUGGGAGAACAUUAUAUGUAUUAGCCCUUGGCCCUACCACUGUCGAGACGUAUGAGUGUUCGCGGGUGUGUCACCAUGAACCGGUCUGCACGCUGUCGGGAUGCGUGGGCAGCUGCAUAGUGGAUGCAUGAAACACACACUGUGUCAAGUUGCACAGGGUCUAUCCGCUGACGCGGUCAUGUGUAUGAGGAGAACUGAAACAAACAGUGUCCCGUGUGUGAGUCCAGCACCACUGUACAUCAUGUCACGGAGGAGACAACUGGUUAUUCCCUGGCUUGUCAGCUUUAAAUGGGACGAAACCCACCAUCAUAGGUUCCUGGCACGCCCAAGGGACGCAACUUUACGUACACAGCGAAUUGCGACGCCUCAGAGGACUGAGCCACUAGGUCACUGUCAAGUUACCGUAACGUGCAUUGCGUCCACGUGGAUCUUGCUCAUGGCCUUGACCUUCCACUACCCAUCAAUGUCAAGGCUGGAAAGUGUUUUGAAAUACCAGAGGCGGAUCGCCGAUCUUGAGGCUCAGUUGAAACAGGCUAUGAGACUGAUUCCGACUACUACUGCAACGACCAUAACCACAACCACAACCCCCAAACCCUGCCGAGAUGACUUUAACGUGACGUUUGAGACAGAGAACCGCUUUAUCUGUACCCACACGAGCGGGGGCAUAGGGAACUUCAUGUUUGCCUUUGCGUCUGUUUACGGUAUGGCGUCUGCAGCCCACAAGUCAGUCCUCAUUCAGCAAAACAACCCGUUACUGAAGUACUUCAAUGUGUCAGCCAAGGUGGUAGGUGAUGUGUGCAUUUGCAAAUCAGCCAAGUUUGUCUUCGAGGGCAGACAUUGCUCCUACAACGACAAGUUAAUGAAUCUGACAGAGUUCAGGAACUAUAACCCUGGGUUCUACUUUCAAUCUUGGAUGUACUUCCGGGACGUGACAGACGACAUACGGCGACAGUUCACAUUCGUGGAAGAUGUGCGCGCGCAAGCAUUGGUCCUGUUGAAGGCCCAGGUACAAGCAUACAUUAAACGGGAGUCCGAAAAACACGUGCGUGUGACGCCACAGAAGGUCAUUACAGUGGGUGUGCACGUGCGGAGAGGGGAUAUUGCUAGACGAAAGGGUUUUGUGAACUAUGGGUAUGGUUUGGCUCCACCGGAAUAUUUUACAAAGGCGAUCCAGUAUUUCAGAACUAAAUAUAACCAUACCCUGUUCAUCGUGUGUUCGGACAACUUCCAAUGGAGCAAGGCAAAUGUUACAGGAAAUGACGUCAUAUAUAUGGAGAGAAACCCGUUCCAGGUGGAUCUAGCUGUAUUAGCUCACUGCAAUCAUUCCAUAAUGUCCGUGGGAACAUUCGGCUGGUGGGCCUCGUUCCUGGCUGGAGGGGAGACAAUCUACUACAAACAUCCGGCCAGAGACGGAAGUAGUUUAAGGAAGCAGUUUUCAGCAAACAUGUCGGACUACUUCUAUCCUGGAUGGAUUGGUAUGGAAUAAGGAAGAUGAAUAAAUUAUAAAAUAUA